ACCAUGCUGGCUCAAAAUGAUUCCUUAGUGACUGAAUUUAUUCUUGCUGGGUUAACAGACCGCCCAGAGCUCCAGCGCCCACUGUUUGCCCUCUUUCUAGUGAUGUACAUCAUCACCGUGGUGGGCAACAUUGGAUUGAUCAUUCUCAUCGUGUUCAAUUCUCACCUCCACACCCCGAUGUACUAUUUCCUCUUUAACCUCUCCUUCAUCGACCUCUGGUACUCCACAGUUUUCACCCCGAAGAUGCUGGUGAACUUUGUUUCCAAGCAUAAUGUCGUCUCCUAUGCUGGGUGCAUGGCUCAGCUAUUUUUCUUCCUGUUCUUUGUCGUCUCUGAGUGCUACAUGUUGACCUCCAUGGCCUAUGACCGCUACGUGGCCAUUUGUAACCCACUGCUGUAUAAGGUCGUCAUGUCCCCACAGGUUUGCUUUUUUAUAAGUUUAGCCGCCUAUGCCAUGGGGUUUGCUUCAGCCACUGCACACACGGGGUGCAUGCUGAGGCUUACUUUCUGCAGUGCUAAUGUUGUCAACCAUUACUUCUGUGACAUCCUCCCACUCCUUCAGCUCUCUUGCACCAGCACGUAUGUCAAUGACAUCGUCGUUCUCAUUGUGGUAGGCAUCAACAUCACAGUGCCCAGUGUUACUAUCCUCAUCUCUUAUGUCUUCAUCAUUCGUAACAUUCUUCAUAUCAAAUCCACUCAAGGGAGGUCCAAAGCCUUCAGCACCUGUAGCUCCCACAUUGCUGCUAUUUCUCUUUUCUUUGGGUCAGCUGCUUUCAUGUACCUUAAGUAUUCCUCACCUGGGUCUAAUGAACAAGGGAAAGUUGCUUCUGUUUUCUACACCAAUGUGGGACCCAUGCUCAACCCCUUAAUCUACAGUUUGAGGAACAAGGAUGUCAAGGUGGCACUGGAGAAAGCUCUGAAUCAAAUUCAGAGGAAAUACCUGCUCUAA